UUUUAUAUUCGAAAGUUUUGGGGUUUUUUUUGCCAAAAAUUAAAAAUUUUAUGAAAAUUCAAAAACUAACCGAUGAGACAUUUUUAAAAAUAUCCCCUUUGUACAUAUUUAUGUUUAUUUUAACCUCUUCCCUUGUAAAAAGAAUCCCGAACCUUUCUCAUUAUUUUAGAACAAUUCCCGUCCCUUAUUAUUGUGUUUUUUAUUUACUUUUUAAAUUGAUAUGUUACAGUUCCCUAUAAAUAUUCAUCCCCAAAUGAUCAUUUAUAUAUCAAUAUCAUUUAUCAAUAUCAUUUAGUGUAGUUUUGGUUCCUUCACUAUAUCUGAAGUCAAACUUUAAUUUUAUAAUUACCCGAACUUUCAAAUUCCAAACAAAUCUUUAACCCUCGAUACAUGUCAGAUAUUAUAAUUUGUAUCAAACUACCCUCAUUUCAGAUUUUUAAUCUUAAUUAAAAAAUAAAUAUAUUAUCAUGGUUGCAGUUGACCCAAAAUUGAAAGGGAUUGGACAACAACGAGGAUUACAAAUUUGGAGAAUUAAUAAAUUUGCUUUAGAAGACAUGCCAAAAGAGCAAUAUGGCAAUUUUUAUAGUGGAGAUUCCUAUAUUAUUUUAAAUACUAAAAAUAUUGGAGAAUGGGACGUUCAUUUCUGGUUAGGAAGAAAUACUUCUCAAGAUGAGAUGGGUACUGCAGCAAUUAAAACUGUUGAAUUGGACGAUUCAUUAAAUGGAUUGCCUGUUCAAUAUAGAGAGUUGCAAGAUCAUGAAAGUGCCUUAUUUCUCAGUUACUUCAAAGAUGGAAUUAAAUAUUUGGAAGGAGGUGUUUCUACAGGAUUCAAACAUGUUGUAGAUGCUUAUGAUAAGUGGACACCAAAAUUAUUUCAAUGUAAAGGAAAGAGGAAUGUUAGAUGUACUCAAGUAAAAUGUGUUAAAGAAUCACUUAAUCGUGGUGAUGUAUUUAUUCUUGAUUUGGGUCUAGAUAUUUAUGUUUGGAUGCCUCCACAGAGUGGACGAUUGGAGCGUCUAAAAGGAAUGCAACAAGCAAAAAGCAUAAAAGAUAAAGAACGUGCUGGUCGACCUAAAAUUCAUAUAUUGGGUAAAUAUUUAAAAUUUGUCGACUAA